CUGUUGCUACAUCCAUUGUUGUCAUGGUCAUUCUAAGCAGUCAUUCAUAAUAAACAAAGUGAGGUAGACGGGUGUUGCUCUGAAGGAGGCCAUUCGCGAGAAAAAGUUCUGUUUCACGCCCUUGCGAAACUGAACCGAGGAAAGAAAAAUAACUAUUACGAAAGCUUCACAUAAAAGCCUUCUUUAAACCUUGGGAAGAUACACACAAGGAACAUGGAAGCGAGGCAGGGGUUUCUCCCGAGACUCAAAGUCCAGCUGAAGAAAACGUUUUGGGUAACAGAAGGUAGCAUGGCUAAACUGUUGAUGGCGGGUGCCAAAUGCGCGGAGGCCGUCACACAGAAGAACCAUUACUAUGACACAGCUUCGGAUGAUCUUGCCAUGGCUGGAUUGUGGCUAAGCCGAAGGGAUGAAGAAUGGUUUCUCAUAGUAGAAUCACAGGAGGGAGGAACUCAAGAAAAGUUGGAGGAGAAAGACGCCCAUCCAGCCCCCCCUGAUCCACGGGAAACUUUAUCCCCGAAGAUGACCAACGAUGUCCCGCGGGACAACGCUCUUGCCUGUAGGAAGCCAUCCAAAGAGAAGAUAGAAGAGGCGGAGGAUCUACUCGAAACCCAACUGCAACAGCUUGAUUCGAAGGCAGCAAAAUCCGAAGGCCCCACAUUUAGUUCUACCUUCACCGAGUUGGUGGGCAAGAGCGAGAUCACCGCGUAUCUAGCAGCCCAUCUCCGCCUAGGCUUGAACACCGAGGAAGGCGAAAGCACAACCAUGGAAGGCUUUCUCCAGGAGGUGGGCAUCCGACACUAUGCCAGCAACCACGUCGUUAACCAAGCCACGUAUCUACUGUCCGACAGGUAUACCGUUGUCGUUCAAAGGGAAGAAGGCUCUUUAAGAGAGUCUGCGACGGUGGUGUUGGAGGUCGACGCGUUUAGCGUUUGCAAAGGUUUGGAAGAGAUCGAAAGAUUGGCCGCCUACCUGGGGUUUGAACAGCAAGGAGUUCAGAGCGAGCGAGAGUUUAUGGCGUAGUAUGGAGCCAGAGCUGCCCAAAUAUUUAGAAAGGAAUUUCUUUACAGCUGCUUUCUAAGGAAGUGGGAUGGGG